AAUAGAAACCAUCGAUCCAUAUGCGGCCUCCUGUGCUUGAAAGUAUAUAAGGUCUAUAUGGAAGCAACGUAGGAGUAGCAAUCAGUCCGGAGUAAAACUAACGAGUUUCAAGUCACAACACACACCAAGAGAUCGACCUGUAGCAAUCUCGCGAGCAUGGCAGGUGGUUCUUCGCACGCGAAGCUCCUGCUAACCAUGGUGCUGCUCCAUGCGCUCAUGGACUCGGCCGCGGCGGCCUGCUCCGUGAAUGCCAUCUACAGCUUCGGCGACUCCAUCGCCGACACUGGCAACCUCCUCCGCGAGGGCCCAGUCGGCUUCUUCUCCAGCAUCGGCAGCUACCCCUACGGCCAGACCUACCGGAAGCCCACCGGCCGCUGCUCCGACGGCCUCCUCAUCAUCGACUACCUGGCGAUGGCGCUGAAGCUGCCGCUGAUCAACCCGUACCUGGACAGCGGCGCCGACUUCAGCGGCGGCGUCAACUUCGCGGUGGCCGGCGCGACGGCGCUGGACCGGACGGUCCUCGUGCAGAACGCCAUCGUGAUGACGCCCGGGAACAUGCCGCUCAGCUCCCAGCUCGACUGGUUCAAAUCGCACCUCAACGCCACCUGCACUUCCCAGGAAGAUUGCGCGAAGAAGCUCGCCGGAGCGCUGUUCUUGGUCGGGGAGAUCGGUGGGAACGACUACAACUACGCGUUCUUUCAGAAGAGGUCCAUCGAGGCCGUCAAGGCGUACGUGCCACAGGUCGUGCAGAGCAUCACGAACGUCGCAAAGGAGCUGAUCGAGCUGGGAGCGACCCAGAUCAUGAUCCCGGGUAACUUCCCCAUCGGGUGCUCGCCGAGCUACCUCUCCCUCUUCUCCGUCGCCGGCUCCACGGACCACGACGAGAGGGGCUGCCUCGUCAGCUACAACUCCUUCGCCGCGUACCACAACGAGCAGCUCCAGGCAGCCAUCGACGGCCUCAGGAAGGCCAACUCCGACGUGUCCAUCGUCUACGCCGACUACUACGGCGCCUUCCUGCACCUCCUGGACCACGCCUCCGUCCUAGGGUUCGACGAGGGGUCGCUGCUCAAGGCGUGCUGCGGGGCGGGCGGCGUGUACAACUUCGACAUGGACAUGAUGUGCGGCGGACUCGGGGCCAGCACGUGCGCCGACCCGGCAAGGCACGUGAGCUGGGACGGCAUCCACCUCACUCAGCAGGCGUACAGGGCCAUGGCGCUGGCGCUCCUCAUGGAAGGCUUCGCGCAGCCUGCCGAGAGCGUGCUCCAGAUAUGGAGCUGCUGAUCGAUAUGCAUGGGAUCGAGCGUUAUUGUUGUAAGGUAGAACUGUCUAGCGAUCUUUAAAGCUAUCGUGUUCAAGUUCAAGGAUGCCGCAAGCCAAACUACAGGGUCCUGCAGUCAGUGCAUCAAAGAUGAACUUAUGAUCUGGACCGUGGCAAUCCUCCGGGGUGUUACAUCGAUAACAUGGGCUCGUGGCUGUAAAUCUCACUAGCAUUGAUUUGGUGUUACUUCAGCAGGUUGCUAGGAAAGCCGAAUGGCAGCCUCCAUACAUUUUCUUAAGUCAUAUCUCAUCACCAGAUUGACCCCUUCCUGUAAAAUUCUAUGUACUCACACUUUAAUUAAUUAAUGGAAGCAGCGCUGCUGCAUUUCGUAAA